AUGGUCUCACAGAGCCUUGUUCUUUUGGCUCACAGAAGACCAGCUGCCUGCUUUAUUGCUGGCAUUAUACAAAUAUACCAAGAGCCCUGUGCCAGGAUGAAUUUUUACUUUUUUGAAGCCAUUGACACAGUUGGAUAUUUUCUAGAAAUAGGAAUGUUAAUUAAAUAUGACUGGAGUUGGAAGGGCUACGGAAGGAAUGUAUUUCACUUCACAUCUUGUAUUGAACCUGAUUUGACUCUCUUCUAUUCCCUACUGUGCAUUCAGUGGAAUGGUAAACAGGUCACCUCCGACCUCUUCAGGAAGUGCAAUCUUGUCCCAGCCUUGGGAAAACUGUCAUGCCUGGUUUUCAUCCUUUCAGGAAAAAAAUGUUAA